AUGUCGGACAUCGACUCCAGACCCGUGGCAUCACGGGGCAGAAGCUCUACCAGAGGUGGCCGUGCCUCGCAUCCAAGAGGUCCCCCUCGCCAAUCUCAAACCUCGUCGACUGCCAACUCGUCGUCGGUGCAAUUCGACGAUGCCUUUGACGAGCAGGGCGAAUUGGGCAACAUGAAGAAAACUUACUCGACCCAAUUGAGCUUUAUGCGCGAUAUGUUCCCGGACUGGACCGACGACGAUCUAGUCUUUGCCAUUGCAGAGGCCGAUGGCGACGUUCAGAUUGUCAUUGAUAGAAUCACUCAGGGCAACGUCUCGCAAUUCGCCCAAGUCCCCAAGAAGGGCAAGGAUAGAGCACGAUCCAAGGCCAAGGACACUUCGGCCGCCGCCGGCGCAGAGCAGCCCACCAUCCCACUUCGCGGUGCGCGUGGAAGAGGUGGCUUUGAGAGCUCCAGAGGCGGUAGAGGUCGCGCCACCGAUCGCGGUCGUGGAGGCUUCCGAGGCGCUCGCGGUGGCCAUGCUGCCGUGACCGACGCUUUCACCAAAGACACCCCCGCCGUGUCCGUCCCUACCACAGAGUCUCCUGCUUGGGACAAUGUCGCUGCCGAACCCGCCGCUCCAAUCGCCUGGGACACUCCGGCCGUAACCGAACAAGGCGCAUGGGGUACCGCUGCCGCCACCGCCGAAACCACUCCGACCACUGUUCCCGAUGUUGCAAAGACCCUCGCGAGCUCUGAGAGCUCGGGCAAGAAGACGUGGGCCAGCAUGUUCGCCAAGCCCAAGCCUCCACCUGUACCUGUCGUGCCGAAGCAACCCACCCAAGCUGCAGCCCCUGCCGCCGCCGUCGAAUCCACACCUGCUGCUGCAGAAUUGCCCGAGCCCAUCGAGUCCUCGUCCGUUGUUCCCCAGGAGGCCGUUCCCGAAUCGACACAGCAGCUCGAGCCAGAGGUCGCACCAGCAGCCGUUGAGGAACAGCCCACACAAAUCGAACAGACCGAGACAGCUCCCAUUGCUUCCGAGUCUUCAAUCGCAGAUGUCGCGCCCUCUACCUUGACCUCAGAGGCCGAUCUCUCAUCCGCACACGCUCCUCUGACCGAGGACAACCUUGAGCAUCUUCCCGAUACUUCCAACAAGCCCGCAACCCAGACUGUCGCCAGCACCGUAGGCUCGAUCGACCCCCGUGUGGCCACUCCUGUCACUUCUCAACAAGCUCCCAUCGGCCGUCCUCCUAUGGGUGGUUACGCAGCCAGUGCAUACAGAGCAGCUGGCACACCUGGUCGCAACUCAAGCUACCAACGUAGAGUGCUCGAGCAGCAAGAGGCUGUUGUCAUGCCCGGCCACAACGCAGUCGACAGAGCUGCAGUACAGUUUGGCAGCAUGGGUUUGAACGGUGAACCCGAUAGCCUUGAUGUAGACGAGGAGAGAGAGGAGCCAGAGACACGUACUCAGCCUCCCCAGCAAUCUCCCCCUUCUCAGCCCAGAGCCUCUCUGCCUCCUGCCCCGAGACAGCCUGCUCUUUCUCAAGAAUCUUCAAUUCACGACAACGUUUCUACUCCCAAGCAGGCUCCUGGACUUCCUCCUGUUCCUCAGCAACCCUUCGGUGGUCACCAGGACGCUUCGUCUCUCGGAUCCCUCCCCCAGGAGUCUUCGCAAUCCCAAGGCUACGGCCAGUACAGCCGUUACGGCAUGCAGCAGCCUGAGUCUCAGAAGUCAUUCGAUCCUUUCAGUCACCAAGCUCCUUCCACUACCUAUGACCACUACGCUACCCAGCACUCGGCUCAACAGCACCAGCCUUUUGGUGGCUUCUCCUCUGCACCCUCCGAUUACUCUCAAUACUACACUGCCGACCAGCAGAGAAACGCUUACCAGAGCUACUACGGUGGCUCAUAUGGCCAGCAGGCUUCGCAGUCGCAGGACAGCACUGCCAACCAGCAGCGUUCCACCAGCGGCUUUGGCUCUGCUCCGAGUGAUUCGGCCUUUUCCGGCUCCCAAGCUCCUCAGCAGGUGAGUCACGCUCAGUCUUUGUACUCUCAGGACCAUGAAUCUCAUCUGCCUUCUCAGUCUCGCUAUGGCGAAGCUCCUGGAUCAGGCCACAACACUCCUGCUCCAUCCAACAGCCAGGCUCCUUCUGCUGCUCCCGGUGCGGCAAUGCAUCAGCAGCCCCACUCUGGCUACAACCCUGCAUACCCAUAUGGCCACCCCUACUACCAGAGCCCCUACCAUGCAGCCUACCAAAACCAGUUCGGAUACCAACAGCCUGCCUAUGGCAGUCCGUUCGGAGGCAAGGGCGCCAUGUACGGACAGCCCCACGGCUAUGGCUCGUCUUACGACCACGCCGCUUCACCUGCCAACGCUGGUGGCUUUGGCACACAGCCCUCGAUCCAGUCUCGUGACUCUGGCAUCAGCAGCGGGCUUGGCGACUAUGGUCGCACUUCGACUCAGCCCUCGAACCUUAGCAGCGGCUUCGGUGGCAUGUCGGAGCCCUUCGGUCGUAGCCAGUCUGGUUACCAAGGCCAGUCUCAGGGCUAUGGCCAGCAACAGAGCACUGGUCAGACCGAUGACCUGAAGCCCUUCGGAGAGUCAAAGACAAGCGGCCCAACCCCUGGCCUUGGUCAACCCGGCAGACCCAGCUCGGCCGCCAACAGCGUCGGUGGACAGACACCCUCGACUACACUGCCUCCUCCUCAGAGCCACCAGGCCGGAUUUGGCGGAUACCCUGGCUUUAACAGCCAGUAUGGACUCGGCGGCCUCGGCGGACAGAGCCACCAGCAGCAGCAACAACAGCAGCAGCAGCAGCAGCAGCAGCAGCAGCAGGGCGGAUACGGCGGAUACGGAAGCGGAUUUGGAAACUCUUACUACGGAGCACGUGGUGGCUGGGGUGGAAACUACGGCGGUCACUAG